AGUUGCAGCACAAUAAUUGGUAUGAACCAUUUCCAAACUGGACCUACAGGUGAUAGAGCAGGAAGGGGCAAUAAAUCAAGAGGGCACUGAUAAGAGAAUCAUAACUUGCAGGUUAGAGUUGGAGACAGCAAGUUCUUCGAAAACGUCAGCAGAGAUCCACCAAAUUAGACCGUGUCACUUUCUAGAAGACUGUAAACUUGAAGAAUGUAAGAGGCAACAUGGUGACCUAGGCUGAACAGUGAAACUGUUAAGAGCGAUUUUAAAGAAAUAGUGGGUGACUGUGGAGAUGGUUUUGUAGGAGGGAAUUUGUUGAAUGGAUGAGAAGAAUUAGCUUUUCAGGAAUGUGUCUGUCCUUGCAAUUUGUCUAUUGUCCAUGUUUUUCCUGCGCAUAAAUUUUCUUCUCAGUGAUGACUUCAUACGCAUUGCCAUUGCCAUGUGCCGCCCAGACUGUCAAUAAGAUGGGAUACCAUUUCAUUUCAUUUCUUGAACAUCAAUUUUCUUAUACAUAAAUUACGCUACUAGCCUAUUUCCAGAAUGUGACACCCUCCGUUUCUUAUGUGGUCUGCCAGGGCUACGUCUACUUGUGAAUUUAAUGACUCAAAUUAUGUCUGGGAAUAAAAACUACUUCCAUGAGUAUGAUGUGGUAAUUUCUCCAAUUAGAAUUAUCCGCGUUUGUAGUUACGACACUAUAUGUCACGGCAUCCUUGAAUCUCUUCGGUUACUUCAUCAAUUCGCUCUGUUUCAAGGAUGAUGCUUAGGGUGUCUACCCCUGUUCGAUGAUAACGGCGGUGAUCCAACAUUAUUCAUUCAUGAGGAUCAAGUAAUCUUAUUUUCGUGUGUAUAUUUUGGAAUGCGUUAUCAAGAACGUCACGAAAGAGGUUAGAGUAUGCUCGUUGUAUGAAGAAAAUCAUAGUGGUGUUACCCAGAAUGGAAUAUAUUUUUAGGUGGCCAACACGAAUAUGUAUUGACAAUAAUGUUUUAAUAAAUAAGUAUUUUCAUUAUUUCAGUAAAUUUUAUUUUGAGAAAGGAAAAAAAGCGACAACGAGUGUUGUAGUUAAUUUAAUGAUGCUGGACAUUACAGCGUUUUACAGGAUGGACAUAGGUAGGGCAUUGAAAUACAGCUUAGAGAAAUAAAGACAUAGAUUAGUGGGAGAAGUGAUAAUAAGUACAUGGACAUUUUCAGGAAGAAAUGUGUAAAGCAGGAAGAAGAGCAGCAAGGGGAGAUUAGUGAGAGGAACAUAAGGAUGCUUCAGAAGAGAGAUGCUGAAAGAAACAGAUACAGGCAAAUAACAGGUGAAGCAAAAGCAAGGAUGCUACAAAAGAAAAGAGAUGCUAAAAGAAACAGGUACUGUCAAGUAACAGGUGAAGAGAAAGCAAAGAUGUUACAGAAGAAGAGAGACACUGAAAGGAACAGAUACAGUCAGAUGACAGGCGAGGAGAAAGUGAGGAUGUUGCAUAAAAGUAGGAUUGCUAAAAGGAACAGAUACAAUAAAAUGACAGAGGAGGAGAAAGCAAGGAUGUUACAGAAGAAGAGAAUUGCUGCUAGAAGUAGAUACAGUCAAAUGACAGAUGAGGAGAAAGCACGGAUGUUGCAGAGGAAGAAAGAAGCCCGGCAGAUGAAACUUUGUCUGAUGGAGAAUGAUGAGAAGGUAAGGAUGAUUCAGAUGCAAGAAGAUCAGGAGCGACCUAGGGAAAUUAAAAUGGAGGAGGAUGCAGAGAAGGUGCAGAAAGAAAUGUGUGCUGAACAAAGAAUAUGCAUGAAAAUGACAGGUGAGAAGGGAAUGAUGGUAGAGAACGAUUUGUGGCAGCGUGGACUUAAUCAAAUGGAAAGUGAAGAGGGGGCAAGAACACAGCAGAGCAACAGAGAUGCUAAACAAAGUAUGUUUGAUCUGAUGACACAUGAAGAGAAGGAAUUGACUAAGGAAAGAAGGAUAAAUGAUACAGAACGAAGCAGGUUCAGUAAUAGUUUACAUGUAACUAGUGACUUGACUUGUGAGGAAACUAUGCAGACAGCAACAAUUUGGGGACAGUGUGGAGAGAAGUCAACUUUCCUUUGCAACCCAGCAGUCUCUUGUGAACUCGAUAAAUCAGUUUUUAUUGGAUCUAUGCAUGUUGUAUGUGAUUACUGCCAAGCAAAAAAGCGGAAUGGUGAAGGAUGUGGUGUGUGUUGCUCUAAUGGGAAAGUUCAGUUGCAGCCUGUAGAAGUGCCUUGUGCAGUACUGACGGUGCUUCCUUCUGGCACUGAUCACCUUUUGCAGCAUACAGAAAUGUACAGCUGUGAUUUGCAGAUGGCUUCACUUGGAGUUUCUGCAAAGGACAAUAUUGAUGUCAUCAAAGUGGAAUGCAAUGUUGAUAUAGAGACUGAACCAAAAUCUGAAGAUUGCCUCACAGAUGCAGAUCAGGGGCAAGUUCCAUUUUCCUUCAUACCUGUGAAGCAGGAAUUGGAAGAGUCAUGGGCUGUUACUGCUAUCAAGGAAGAGCAGAUAGAUGAAAUAACAAAAGAAGAACAAGAAAUUUGUUUCGAAGGUGGUGACAAAUUUCCAAAUGAACAAGAUAAUCGAGGCUAUACAGCUUUGCAACUUGACCCAUGUCUUGGUCAUGACCAGAAAUGUGCUGUGGAAGAUGUCAUUAAUAAAGACAUGGAUUUAGUUUACAUGUCCACAGUUAGGCUUGGUGACAACCUUAAUUACAGUGGACAGAAUGUGAACAAAACUAACUCUGAACUGAGCAGUAAUCAGAUCAUAAGUGAAAAGGAGAUUGAGCAUCCAGAUGUUCAAAUUACAGGACAGACUUACAAAUGUGACAUUUGCAGAAAAUAUUUUGGAGAAGAAGAGAAACUGAUUAAUCAUCAACAUGUGCAUACUACAGAAAGACCCUUCAAAUGUGAAAUUUGUAAUAAAUUAUUUUCCCAGAAAGGGGGUCUAAACAAACAUAGACGUGUACAUACUGGGGAGAAGCGUUAUAGGUGUAGCAGUUGUAAUAAACGUUUCUUGGAGAAAAGUCAUCUUGAUAGACAUCAACGGACCCACACUGGUGAGAAGCCUUUCAAAUGUGAAAUCUGUAAUAACUUUUUCACGCAGAAAGGAAGUCUUGAUGCUCAUCUACGUAUGCAUUCUGGAGAGAAGCAUUUCAAGUGUGAGAUUUGUAGAAAAUAUUUUACUCGUUCUAGUUACCUAGCAGUACACCAACGUAUCCAUACUGGCGAGAAACCAUAUACAUGUGAGUUCUGCAAUAAUCGUUUUAGGUGCCGUGGGAAUCUUGUAAGCCAUAUUCGUACUCACACUGGGAACAAGGCGUGUUGAGUUUAUUUGCACAUUAUUCAACCAUAAGGGAGUGGAGAUGACUGUUUCGGCACAUUGUUAGUGGUUGUGUGUUUUCAUCAGCCAGCACUCAUGAAAAAACAUAAAUUGGAGGUGACUUAGAUUUCAGAGUAAUUACAGGGAAAUAAUAAGAAAGAAGAGCACCAUAUCAAGAACAGAAGUUAUGUAUUGAUGUUUUAUGAUUGGUUGAAGUUACAAUAAAUUGUCCAUUUAAACAUGUUCAUCAUCAGGAAUGACCAUGCUCAGCAAGACUGCAGGUUGCCAUUAGAGUUAGGUACAUUGCAAAUAAGUGUUACUGAAGUAUGACUGCUGUGGGAAGGCAGGAGUGCUAUAUGUGCUGUCACCCCAUUCCUGACAGCUUUACAGUCAUUGAUCCCUUCAGUACAUAUCAUUCUUCCUUCCCAGAGUACUGUAGUACUUGGCAAACUAUCAGGGAUUAGGCAUGCAUUUUGCAAUAUCUAUAUGGUAACUUUUUUUUUUUUUUUAAUUUUUGAUGUAAGGUAAGGCUUAUAUACAAUACUGGAUUUCAUAUUUAUUUCUCUUUUAUAUCAUAAUGUAAUUACAAUACAGCAAGCUGUAAAGUGUAUUUUUUGUACCAUUAUUAGCCUACAAAUCUGUGACUAAAUGAAACUGGAAAUAGUGUAUAGAACAUGUUUUGGUUAUUUAUGGU